AUGUCUGAAAAACCAUUAUGGUACCGUUGGGCUAGAGUUGGAUUCAUGGGUGCAUCCAUAAUAGGAACAGGUGUUUUGUUAUUUAAAUAUACCACCCCAACCGAUGAAGAACUCAUUGCUAGAUUUUCCCCAGAAGUUAGAAGAGAAUAUGACAGAAAUAGAGCUUUGAGACAACAAGAGCAACAACAAUUGAUGAACAUUGCCAAGGAAACUGCAGCAUCCAAUGAUCCUAUUUGGAAAACGGGGAAAAUAAAGUCUCCUUAUGAAAGAGAAACUCGUAAUACAGACCCUAAACUUGUAGAUCCAGAAAAGUUCUUCCAGAAACAAGCCGAAGAUUUCAAAAAGCAAGAGAUUAAAAAGGCAGAACAAGACUUUCAAGAAGCCGAAACCCUUUUGGCUCAGCAAAAGAAGAGUUGGUUUAAAUGGUGGUAA